AUGACCCCGGAUCUUGAGCCCUUUGCGCGCGCCAUAUCGCGCGUGCUGGGCUGGGCCUAUGUCCUUGCCUGGAGCUUAUCUUUCUACCCGCAACCUAUAUCGAAUUACUUUCGCAAAUCCACCCUCGGUCUCGCAAUUGAUUUUCCUACCCUGAAUGUGCUAGGCUUCGCAUGCUAUACAGUUUCUACCGCUUCCUUCCUCUAUUCGCCUACAAUAAAAUCACAAUACGCAUACCGCCACCUGAAUGCGCCUGAGACGACAGUGCGCUUCAAUGACUUUCUCUUUGCGGCACAUGGCGCAGUCAUGUGUGUGAUUAUAUACAGUCAGUUUUUCGAACGCAUAUGGGGGUUCGACGUGGGGAAGAGUCAGAGAGUCAGCCGGCCUGUGCUGUUCAUCUGGUGGGCAUGUGUGUUUGCUAUUGUGUUUGUGAUGCUGCUUGUGUUGAGGGACGGAUCUGUCGAUGACUUUGACGUCUACAGUUGGGCCUGGAUUGAUGUUAUUAAUACCCUCGGCUACGUCAAACUCCUGACUGUAUUAGUCAAGUAUAUACCCCAAGCCUGGGUCAACUAUAAGCACAAGUCUACGGCUGGCUGGAGUAUCUACCCCAUGCUCCUCGAUUUCGCUGGAGGCUGGCUAUCCCUAGCACAGCUGUGUAUUGAUUCUGCGUUGGAGAAUGAUUGGGGUGGAGUAACGGGCAAUCCUGUCAAGUUCGGUCUUGGAAACAUUACAAUCGUGUUUGAUAUCAUCUUUAUGAUCCAGCAUUACGUGCUAUAUCGGCACGUUGAGAAGAACAAGGAGGAGGAUGAAGAAGAGCGACAGAGACUUGUAGGCAAUGAGCUGGAGUAACGACUUAGAAACAAAUAUUCCAACGUAUACAUUUUCGUCUUACA